UUAGUAACCAAACUAGUUUGCAUUUGGCUCCUUUAGGAAUGGUUGUGUUCUUAUAAGAAUAAAUAACAAAUUUCAUUUGAAAGUUUGUUGACAUUUAAAAGUAAAUACAUAAUUAACUUUUUAACGUUUAGCAUUCACGGUGGACUUAUGAUAGAAAAGUCAUUGUAUUAAAAAAACAACUAUUUAAUUUUCUUUUGUUUUUACAAAGGCGGGAAUUGCAGUGUUUAUGUCUUGCGAGGAUUUGCCGAAAUCGGUUGGGAUUCUUGAGGUAAUAUAAUGCGUGAGAGCCUGCGCCGGCUGGCGGGGUCUGGCAGCACCUCAGAGGAGGGUAUGGCGCGGGCGGGCACUGGCACCAAACGGGUGCGCGUGCAGCUGUUGGACGGGGAGUACAUUAGUGUUGAUGUUGAGCGUAAGGCGCGAGGUUUUGACCUGCUGGAACGCAUCUGUGAUGACCUGGACAUAGUGGAGAGGGAUUACUUCGGUUUGAUGCGCGCGAAUCAUUCUGACCGCGUCUGGCUCGACAUGGAGAGGACACUCGCCAAGACAUUCAGGAAUGAGCCAUGGGAGGUGCGUUUUGUGGUGAAGUUCUACCCGCCGGAGCCGUCAGAGCUGAAUGACGACAACACCAGGUACCAGGUCGGCCUGGCCGUGCGUCACGACAUCAUGGAAGGUCGUUUAAGAUGUUCAUGUAUAACGCACGCGCUGCUGGCGUCGUACAUGCUGCAGGCGGAGCUGGGGGACCACGAGGUGCGUGUCCCGGGGGUGCAGCUGGUCGCACGCCGCGCCCUGCCCCCACACCUCCUCACAUCUGAUCUGGAGGACAAGGUCGACGAAUUGUACAGGAAACAUAAAGGUCAAAGUCCAGCGGAGGCGGAGCUGAAUUACCUGGAGAAUGCGAAGAAGCUGGCGCUGUACGGUGCUGAGCUGCAUCAAGCCAAGGACUCUGACGACGUGGACAUCGCGCUGGCAGUCUGCUGGCGCGGCAUCGCCGUACUCAGAGACAUGGUGGUGAUGAACCGGUUCCCGUGGACGAAGAUCAUCAAAAUCAGCUACAAGAAGCGCUUGUUCACGCUGCGGCUGCGCGCCGGCGAGUGCGACGACUGGCACACCUGCCUCAGCUUCCGCCUGCCCACCAUACGCGCCUGCAAAACCCUCUGGCGCUGCAGCGUCGAGCACCACAUAUUCUUCAGACGCGAGGGUCCAGUGCUGGUGGAGCGCGUGUCAGGGUUCCCGCGCCUCGGCUCCCGGCGCGUCUCAUGUCGCCGCACUCUGCGCCAGCUCACUGCCCACCUCCACGACAACCACCUCUCCUACUCUCACAUCUGACGCUGGACGCUCACUUCUUCUUUACUGUUCCCACUGCACAAACAUUUUAUCAUACCAUUUUAUACUAUUACGAUGAAUUCCAUAUACAUUUAUGUCCCGUUUACAUUAUUCCAUUCCAGCGAAUCACCGCUGGAUUACAACUGGAAAAGUGUAAAACUAGAAAAAUAUAUAAAAUAGUAUUUCCUGUCUACCUCUUGUACCAUACGGAGUCGUUAAUAGCUAAGGGAGUAGUUUAGUGUGGAUUUAAUAGAUUUACAAUAAGGAAGUUUAAAUAAUCAACGACUGAUAAGUAACUUUUAAGUUAAAAGAAAAUGCAGGCAUAUAUCAGGUUU